AUGCCGGGGCCGAGGCAGCAUGAGUCGCCAGAGAGGGCGUCUAGCCGUUCAACGGCCUUGAAACAGCAGAGGUCGAGUGUGAUCAGCAGCGCUGGGAGUGCAAGUUCCCGCGUGAGCCAUCAGGGCACAAAGAGCUUUUUGAAUGAUACACGCGCCUCCCUGGGGCCCUUGGUGCGCGGCUCUGUGCGAGGCAGCCGCAUGACUAACCGCGGCGCAGAGCCUCCACCUAGCAACAUACACAGGGUCUUGGAUGAGGAUGGCAAAGACCGGACGCCCAAGCCACUGGUGCAGCGCCCCACAGCCCCGGGGUAUCCGGCCGGGCCUGGACGCCCAGAGACUCUUCCUGGCGGCAACAAUCGCUCCACACGCAACUCUCGAAUGAGCUCACGCGUCAGCACAAUGAGUCUGCAGUUGCGCGGCAGUGUGAUGGCCAGCGCAAUAGGCCCCAUGGCUCUGGAGGCAGCGCUUGCAAACUUUGCAAAUUCUGGCCUGAACAUGCCUGAGCUCACGCUGGACGAGGAUGAUUCUGGAAUCCACAACUUGGACAUGCAGGUCCAUCAAUGGGAGAUGCAGGGUCCGCACGCUACCGGCGAAGCAGCUGCAGAUCCAGAAACUCGCCAGGAUGCCUUCCCUGCAGCGGCAGGUCAUGACGAGGAAGCUGUCGGCAUGGGAACGGUGCUGGAAGAGCUUGGAUUGUCAAAGACACUGCGGCCGCUGCCAGCUGAGAGCGCAUUAGACAGUGCCAAGGGGUCAGGCGCGCUGGGGAGGAAGCAGACCAGCUCAAGGAGCUCGGCUGCCAGCAGGCGAACCACCCAGCAGGAUCCCAGGGCGUCGAUGUCUGCGCAGUCUGUGAUGAGCGAGCGAGCCAGCAUCAGCAGUGCAAGGAACAGCUAUGCACCCUCCUUUGCUCGCUCCACUCGGCAGUCCUUUGUGCCAGCCAACAGCAAGGGUGGGUCGAUCAGGAUGAGCAAGCUUGUCGGGGGGACUGAAUCAGAGUGGCCGCUUGCUGCAUUGCCACCGCCCCCACCCCCUAACCCCCUGAAGAAGCUGCCAGCAAUUAUCCCUGUGGAAGACUUGCAAGGCUACAGCUUGGAGGGAAGAUGGGAUAGCCAGGCAGGCACCGCGGAUGCAGCUUCUCAGCUAGCCGACUCAAGAAAUGAAGCCCCUAGGGACCAGAAUGGAAUUGUCAAUUUCAUUGCCGGCAGCCUGGAUAUUGUGUGGCAGUGGGCGCACCAUCUGACUCAGGGCUUGAGCGUUACAGCAAUGUCAUGGAACAAGGUGAAUAGCAGCAUUCUGGCGGUUGGGUAUGGGCAGCUAGCCUUUGGGGCCUCUCAAAAGGGCAGCGUUUGCGUUUGGUCUCUCAAGAACCCAUCCAGCCCCCUGUGGGCCUUUGCCACGCCGGUGGGAGUCACCGCGCUUGACUGGGCUACCAACAGCCCCAACCUCCUGGCCCUGGGCUUUAGCAAUGGUACCAUUGCAGUUCAUGACGCCAGGACGCGCCAGGUGGAGCCCUCGAUGCAGACAUGGCACUCAUCUGGCGCGCACAGCGACCCGGUCUGGCAGCUGCAGUGGGUCGACAGGGGCGCAGAGGCUGAGGAGGUGCUCGUGUCUGUCUCCACCGACGGCCGUGUGUGCCAGUGGUCCACAUCCCAGGCAAGCUCUGUCCUGGUGAAGCGAGAAGGAAGCUCACAUGGGUAA